CGCAGCCAGUGCGCAUCGCAAGCCCGAGCUGGUCGGACGCUGCACGAGUCGCGUACCGGCGGACAGCCUAACGAUCUUCGUGCCCCACGCAGACUCGACCUCGAGAUGCCCGCUACGGGAGCCGAGGCCUGCACCAGCUCGUAAACAGCGGGAAAACCGAUUCGCUGUCGCUUGUUUUGACGAUCGCCGGUUUUCCAGAAGCCGAUCGCCCGAGAGAAGACGCGCAGUUCGCAGCUGAUAAGAUCCGACUCGAGCGAUCCGAGAGUGUUAUCAGCGGCGCGCGUGCGCGCGAUACCGAUAUGUCGCCGAUCCGGCACCGCGGCUCCUCGGCCGGCGCAGUGCAACGCCGCAGUCAGCUCGAGUAAGAACCUUCUCUGGCUGACAGCGCCCGGGAUAAGUGCGUAACGCGAUCAAAUCGUCGGCUGAAUAAAAGCAAGGGCGAAGAAGAACCGAGGUACGGCGUCGGCACAAAGAGCCUGGAAGUUGCAUUCCGGGAUCGGUUCGCCAGAGCAGCGGCGCCGCGCGAUGAGAGUCAUCGGCGAUCGCUACGCCCCGAGCCUUCCGCUCACCGGCUGAUUCGCCCGAUUCAACCUGCACACACGGAGACGGGAGCAGCAGCGAGGUCAAGUAGGCAGGCCGCCAUGAAGGCCGUGAUUACGGCCACGGCGUGAGCGUGAGCAGCCACUCGUAUUACAUACUACCAAAGCCCCGGUCGAGAGUAAACGAGACACGCAGAAGGAGAGACGGUGCGCAGCUAUCCGUAAACAGAAGGAAGGAAAACAGCAGGAUGGCAAACACGGGCCUUCGAUCGCUCCUCGUGUGCGCCCUCAGUUUUUUCGCCGUUCUCCACGAAAUCAACGCCAGCUGGGACGAGUGGUGGACUUACGACGGGAUCUCAGGUCCGUCGUUUUGGGGCCUAAUCAAUCCCCAGUGGUCCCUGUGCAGCAAAGGCAGGCGGCAAAGUCCCAUCAACAUCGAGCCUGACAAGUUACUGUUCGACCCCCACCUGAGGCCGGUGCACGUGGACAAGCACAAGGUCUCCGGACACCUGCACAACACCGGCCAGUUUCUGGUCUUCCGCGCCGAUAAGGAGUCCAAGGUCCGUGUGAACAUAACCGGCGGACCCUUGGCUUACCACUAUCAGUUCGAGGAGAUUUACAUACACUACGGCCAGGACGACAACCACGGCUCCGAGCACCGCGUCAACAACUACGCUUUCCCCGCCGAGAUCCAGCUGUACGGCUUCAACGCGGAACUCUACCAUAACAUGAGCGAGGCGCAGCACAAGAGUCAGGGACUCGUUGCCAUCUCCCUCAUGGUCCAGCUUGGCGACACACCGAACCCCGAGCUUCGGAUAAUAACCAGCGUGUUCAACAGGGUACAGUUCAGAGGUGACACGGCUCCGGUGCGGCAUCUCUCAUUAAAAGCUCUUCUGCCCGACACAAACGGCUACAUGACUUACGAGGGUAGUACGACGCAUCCAGGCUGCUGGGAAACGGCCGUGUGGAUCAUUCUCAACAAGCCGAUCUACAUCACUGCGCAGGAGCUCUACGCGCUGAGGAGGCUGAUGCAAGGUCCUGACAGCACGCCCAAGGCACCGCUCGGAAAUAACUCGAGGCCUCUCCAAGAACUUCACCACAGGACCAUACGAACGAACAUCGAUUUCCGCAAGCGGCCGGACGCCAAGUGCCCGACAAUGGCGACGGACAUGCGAUACAAAGAUGACUUUUUCUUUCCAGCCAACACGUGGCGGGACAACGUCGUCUGAACGCCCGCCGCUACCCAGACCCACGAGGAUCUGCCGGCGGCGCAGUGGGACGCAGCGGCAGCUUUCAGGCAUGGGCCUUCUCGAUGUGAGCGGGAAUACGAGGCGCGAAGAAAAAUUUGGGGAUUCACGGGAGAAAGUUAUAUUUUCUAUGGCAGUUACAGGACGAAAACACAAAAAAAUUAAUAAAAAGAGAGUAAAAAGCUACAAAAAAAGAGGGAAAGAGCAGAACGCGAAACGAAUCGACAACGGAUGAUCCCAUGGCACUUUGCACCUUCAAAAUGAAUCAAGAGUUCCUUUGAGAGAUCACUGCUGCAUAGGCUCGCCGCGCGGAGCCCGAACCGCGAAACGCAAGAUGCCGUCCCGACUCCGGCCCGAGAGAGCACGCGCGCGCGCUAAACUUUGCGCCGAUGAUUGACGAGUCGGGCCAAACGAACGAUCCUCUUUUCGGGUAGGUUAUGUCUGUGUUUCGAGCGCAAAAGGUGUGUGUGUGUGUGUGUGUGUAAGAGAGAGAUUGAAAGAGAGAGACCUGUUCGUUUGACAGAUAUUCACCUAUAUACAUAAAGAAUAGAGGCUACUGGCUUUGUUGAGGGGACUGAGCGACUGAGAGACGGAACGGCUGCACGCUCGAGGCGCGUCCCUAUCAUGUACAUCGGGGGGCUUCCGAGCUCGUAUAUAAUUACAUAGAAGAGUAACGACGACAUAAUAUAUAUAUAUAUAUAUAUAUAUAUAUAUAUAUAUAUAUAUGAUAUUAUAAUCUUGUGCAAUACACGAUUCUGUACAGAGAGCAUGGAGAUAACAUUGUGAAACUUACUUUGUUGCGCGUGUUGACGGUGAAAAUCAAAUAAAAUUUCCCGUAUCCCUUUCAUGCGGACGGCGACUGAGCGACGACGACGCACGAGACGACGACGACGACGUGUAUGAAAUACACGUGAAAAACUUAUAUUGUACUACUUAUAUUGUACGCGAGCGACAUGAAAGACUUUUGAUCCGAGUGACAGACUUUGUUGUCAAUUAUUUUGUAGCCAUAAGCGACGCGCACGCGCGUGUGCGGGGACAUCAAUUCUCGAACGUUUUAUUAAAAGCAAAAUAAAUAAAAUGAUAUAAAUACAUGUAUAAUCAGUCCGAAAAUCGAUCAAAAUAACGAGAGGGCGAGGAACCGAGCUCGCUGCUUGACAUGGUCAUGUGUGUUCGCUUGAUUUUCCGAGAAUUCGAUGACGACGACGUAAAAUAAGGGGGCGAGGGCGAGAGCGAAAGUCGAGAGAAAGAGAAAAAUGAAUCGAGUGGAGCGAGCGGCGAGACUCCGUAUGUGGAGUGAGAGAGAGAGAGAGAGAGAGAGGGUGAGCGCGAAACGACGAGUUUUAUGUAAACUAGAUCAAUCGGGUGGAACACGUUGUUGGGAACAUAGCGUAGUUGACGGACGAAUAACCCUGCGCUUUUGUAUAUACCGUAUCUAUAGGCGUAAAUCUAGGAAAAAAUGUAUAGAAGAAGAACUAAACUGUAUGAUGCAAAUUGAUUUAAAGGAAAGCAAGCGAUAACGAUUGUGGUUCACGAAUAAUGAUAAUAAUAAACAUAACGUUAUAUUGUAAAUACA